AUGUCCUUAACAUUGGAUUUAGACGAUGAAUACCAAGAAAUAACAGAUAAUCAGUACCAAAAUGUUGAUAAUUAUGAAAUUUAACUAAAUAUUGUUUGGUAAUCAUUAAAUUAUAAUUCUAUUACUAUAUAUGUUAUGAAAAUCACACUAUUAAAAGAAGUAAUGGAACAUUUAAUAAAAGUUAAUUAAAUUUCUCAAUCAAUAAAUGACUUUAAAUGCUAUUCUUAAAUAAAAUAAUAGUUUUUGAAUCUUGAUGAUACGUUUACCUAUACUCAGAAUGAUACAUUAACCAUAUCAUUAAAAAAAAGACUAACUUGUAUUAUUUAACUAGAGAAUGGGGAUGUUAAAGAAGAUAUUUUACUUAGUUUUUUGAAAAAUAACACAAUAAAGGAUAUUAAAAAUAACAUCUAUGAUUAUUUGAAAAAAAAGCACUCAUCAGAAAUAGAAAAUAUUGAAAUUUAUAGAGGUAACGUUCUCUUAGAAGAUGAUUAAGUAUCAAUAAGUCGACUUCUUAAGUUUCAAUAAUAAUCUCAACAGCUAAAUAUUUAAGCUAAAUUCAUUGUAUAAAAUCAAUCUAAUUAGAAUGGAUUAUAAUAAAAUGAUUUCAAUAUUUAGUCUGAAAUAUAAUUACUAAAAGAGUUAAUCGAAACAAAAUUAAAAAAUUUAGAAUUGCUCUUUAUUUAAAUGUUAAAAGAUUCACAAAAUAAUAUUGUAAAAGAAUUAGAAUUUUUUGAGAGAGAUAUGACAUAGAUUUAAUAAUUAUUUAAGUAACCUCUUAAUUAAUCCUAUAAAUCUUAAUUAAUUAAAUCUAAAUAAACUUUAUACAAUUUAUAGAAAAAAAUUAGCUAGGAACAUAUAUAAAUAUUUUCUAAAGAAUUUGAGAAUUUUAAAUAAAAUCUAUAUAGGUAAUAAUAAAAAUUGUAAGAAAAAUAACAGAACUGUUUUGAAAUGGUAAAAAUAGAAAUGCAAAAAUCAAUUAAAUCUGUUUACGUGGAUGAACAAAAAGUUCUGUAAGAGUUGAGAGCAGAAGUAAAUGAUAAGACAACUUUUGAAGAAUUCUUAAAAUAUUUGGAAGAAUAUUAUCCUGUUGAAAUUAAAAAAUACACUAAUGUCCUUGGUCCAUUAAGAUAAUGGGUAGGAUUCUCAGAAAACAAAGUAGUGAAACUUCAGGAAAUUUUAAAAGAUCAUUUAAAUGAAUUAAUCAAAUUUGGUCCGAUUCACAUAGAUAUAAAAAGAAAUUCUUUCGGAGAUUUAGAUUUAAAUAUUACAUUAUAUGAAUUGUAAAAUAAAUGA